UCCACACUCAACAAAAUUGAGAAAAAUCAAUCAGAAUGGUGAAAAAAGGUGGCACGAAGAGGAAGAUUGCGAUUGAGACGAUACAGAAGAGAGAUUCCCUUAGGGUUACCUGCACCAAACGCCGUGAAGGUCUCUAUAGCAAAGCCUCUCAGCUUUGUCUUCUCUCAGACGCACAGAUCGCUAUCUUAGCGACUCCUCCUUCUUCUGAAUCCAACGUAUCCUUCUACUCUUUCGGUCACUCCUCUGUUGAUGCCGUUGUCUCUGCUUUUCUCUCCGGACAACGUCCUGUUCCGAAGGAUAACAAAGAGACGAGGGAGGACGUUGGUAUCUGUUUGACUCGCAAUAAUCUAGGGUUAGGUUUUUGGUGGAACGACGAGAGCCUUGCCAGAUCGGAGAAUCCUCAAGAGAUUAGUGAAGCGAUCGACUCUAUGCGGACGCUGUUGAGGAAUCUCAAGGAAUUGCGUGCGGAUGAAGCUUUAGCCUGUAAUCAAGCUUUCGUUAAUGAUCGCGAGGACCUGAAGAACAACGACAAGUGCGAUUUUGUUUCAGACCACGAAACUCAUGAUCAAACCCUAAUUCUUCAGUCCGCUUCUCCAAUUUGUUGCAUCCCAGAAAAUCUCAACGAGAUUACUCAAGAGCCAAAUCAAACCCUAAAUAUUCAGUCGAGUACUUCUGCAAUUUGUUGCGUCCCUGAUAAUUCACCUGAAAAUUUCAAUGAGAUCACUGAAGAACAAGAUCAGAUUCGCUCGAUUUGUGAAACUUUUUGUGUUAUGGAUAACAACGCUGCUUUACCUGAAAUGAACCUGGAUUACGAUCAAGACAUUGGCUUCGACACGCCUUUUGAGAGCGCGCUAAAUGAUUGGUUUUCGGACAACACUACUCAUCAGGAGAUUAGUGCAAGUAUUUUGAACGCUGUUGUUGAUGAUCAAGUCUCGGUGGAUCUAACUCCGUUUUCUUAUUUUCAGAGAUGUUUGGAUGGAGAUAAUCUACGAUUCUCUGAUUGUUUCAAAGACUUUGCAAACACUAUUUCAGCACUUUGAAGAUAAUUUCUCUGCAGUUUUCAAACUAACUUCUAGUUACUUCUUUAUUAUAUUUUCAAGUCCAAACUCAUGCGAUGAGAACAUGACCAAGGCAACCAAACCACUUGAACCACAAAAAGACGAGAAGCAGCUUGUACCGGAGGAAGCAUUAAUCGUUCUGGCGGGUCCUCUAACAAGAUCAAAAUCUAAGAAGUUCAACCAAGCUAUCAAUGGACUACUCAAGGAGCUAAAGAAGAAUCAAGAAGACGUGACUCAAUCCUCCUUCAUAGUGAUCACGGCUCAAGAGGCUCGGUAAAG